AUCAGGCCAAGAUGGCGGCGGCGACUUCAGUUUUUCACAGAGUCAGAACAGGCUCCAAAAUAGGCGCCCAAUACGAUCAGGAUGGAAAUAUUAUCCAGGUGGAGACCCGAGAGGAUGAGGAGCAGAGUGUUAAACUGGCUGAGAUCUUGGAGCUGCUGUUGGCAGCCGGAUAUUUCAGAGCCAGAAUUAAAGGGCUGUCACCUUUUGAUAAGGUGGUUGGAGGAAUGACCUGGUGCAUCACAACAUGUAACUUUGAUGUAGAUGUAGAUUUGCUUUUUCAGGAAAACUCCACUAUCGGCCAAAAGAUAGCUCUCACAGAGAAAAUCGUGUCUGUCUUGCCUAAAAUGAAGUGUCCGCACCGGCUGGAACCACAUCAAAUCCAAGGCCUGGACUUUAUACACAUUUACCCUGUCAUACAAUGGCUGGUGAAACGUGCCAUAGAGACUCGAGAGGAGAUGGGUGACUAUAUCAGGGCCUAUUCUAUUUCACAGUUCAACAAAACUCACAAACUGCCAGAGGAUGUAGAGUUUGAACAGAGAAAAGGCAAAGCAGUAAAAACGGUUUUGGAAGUUUUGGAUGUGUACAAACCACAGAGGAAGUACAGGAGACAAAGAGAUGCAGCCGAUUUGACCGAUGAGGAGUCCAGGGUCCAAUCCACUUUGCUGGAAUAUGGCAGGAGGUAUGGGUUCAGCAAACAGACCAAACAAGACAAAGUGGAUGGUCAGAAGACAGUGUCUGGUGUUUCUCCAUCAGGAGCAGACAUGUCAGAGGAGCAGGACCUACAGGAGGUGGAGGAGAUGCGGAUUAAAACCCUCAUGACCAACAUGGCUGCCAUGGCGAUAGAGGAGGGGAAGCUGACGGCCAGUGCAGUGGGGCAGAUAGUAGGACUGCAGUCUGAGGAGAUCAAGCAGAUUGCCUCAGAAUACAAGGAGAAGCAGAGUGAGCUGUCGUCAGAGGAGCUGUCAGAGCGGUAUGGGCCCUUACAGCAGCACCGGCGAGCUGUGGCCUCACUGCACAAACAGAUCCAGCAGAGGAGCAAGGCACUGGAGGAGCUGCAAGCCAAACACGAAGAGGCGAAAGCCAGCUGUGAUGAGGCCAAGAGAAAACUUACAGAGGUGACAGAGGAGUCUUCCAGGCUGGAGAAGGAGCUGCUGACAUUGGAGGAGAUGGAGAAAAGCGCUGACCCCACAGUCCUGGAGAAGCUGCGAUCACUGGUCACCAUGAACGACAGUCUGAAACAGCAAGAGCACGAGUUUAAGACACACUGCAGGGAGGAGAUGACUCGACUACAGGAGGACAUAGAGAAGUUGAAAACCGCAUCUGGCCAGGACAAUGAAGAAGAGAAGGAGAGGAACCAGCUAAUAGACCAACAACACAGCGCAGAGAGAGAGAAGCUGCAGAAGAUCCGAAUGCUCAUGGCGCGUAGGAACCGAGAGAUCGCCAUUCUUCAGAGGAAGAUUGACGAAGUGCCCAGUCGAGCUGAGCUUACCCAGUACCAGAAGAGGUUCAUCGAGCUCUACAGCCAAGUGUCUGCCACUCACAAGGAGACGAAGCAGUUCUUUACUUUGUACAACACACUGGACGAUAAGAAGCUGUACCUGGAGAAGGAGGCCAAUCUCCUCAACUCCAUCCACGACAAUUUCCAGCAGGCGAUGUCGUCAGCUGGAGCCAAGGAGCAGUUCCUCAGACAGAUGGAGCAGAUCGUGGAGGGCAUCAAACAAAGCAGGAUAAAGAUGGAGAAGAAAAAGCAGGAGAACAAGAUGAGGAGAGACCAGCUGAACGAUGAGUACCUGGAGCUGCUGGACAAACAGCGUCUUUACUUCAAAACCGUCAAAGACUUUAAAGAGGAGUGCCGUAAGAAUGAGAUGCUGCUGUCCAAGCUCCAGAGUAAAGGUGCCUCCUGAUGCUCUCUCUUGCACACACUCAAGAAUGUACUGUCUACUUGAACAUUCCUGUCCAUACAACAAGCAACUGUGCCAAACCGCCCUGAGAGCAGCCUUAGCCCACAGCCUGGCUACACCACGCCACCACUUUAUCAUUAUAUUCUGCAGAGAAGGUCAUCCGGUACUGCUUCAUAUAUAUGGGAUUCCAAAGGGGGACUAACAGACUAACAAUGCCAUGGGGUCUUAUUCCGUGUAAAAGCUGCUAACCAAGUGAAGUACAGACCUCUACAAACAUGAAAUACAUUGGUUUAUUAAUAGUAGUGUAUUUGCUUGACAAUAGAAAAAAAUCACGUAAAUAGCUAAUCUGAUUGUAAUCACAACUAAAGAACUAAAGAGGAGAGUGAGAGGAGAGGAGGGGUGGGACCUGGAGGACUAAAGGAGAGAGUGAGAGAGGAGAGACUAAAGGAGGGAGUGAGGGGAGGAAUGGUGGGGUCUAGAGGACUAAAAGGGGGAGAGCACUAAAGGGGAGAGUGAGGGAGAAAGAGGAGCGUGAGGGAGAAAGAGGAGCAGGGUCAGAAGGACUAAAGGGGAGAGUGCAGGGGGUCUAAAACUGUCACUCCUUGACAGUUUUAGGCCUGCAAAUUAGCUGCAAAUGAACCUAGUUUGUUCUAAAAUGGCAAAAAUGAACCAGGAACAAUAUAAAAUGCUACUGUAACAGCAUGUGCAGUUUAAUUGCAGAAAAAACACUGAUUUCAUGUUUAGUUCCUCUUUAAACUGUCUUGAAGCAAUACCUGAUGGACUUUCUCUGUGUAGAAUUCCAUACGAAGAAUGUGUGGUUAGUCAGGUUAAUACAACACACAUUUGUACUAAACAUUUACUUGUUUAAUAUUUGUAUGUAUUUUUUCUCACUGGGUUGUAUACAUCUGAUAUAAUGUGAAUACCUGCUUUAUGAUUUGCACAAUGAAGCACACUGUUAAAUUUGAUUAGGAAUUAUAGUAUUUUCUAUUCACUUCCCAGGAAUAGCAUACAACCCAUUGAGAAAAAUGUACUCUCACUAACUGAAUAUAAACAAUUGUUUUUUUGCACUUUAUAAUUUGAGCAAGUAUUUUAUAAUGAACAUGUCUUAUUACAAAUCAUGCAUAUGGAUCGUUAAGUUAAUAAUAUUCAAAUCUACAUAAUCGCUAUAGAAACAACAAACUGGCUUGCGUACAUUUCAUAAUAUCUGAAGUUUUAAAAUCAUGAACAGAAUUUGAAGCCAUCCAAGGCUCUUAUCCAGUCUCUCUUCCCAGAUCAACUGUGUUAAAAUGCAGAAACUAUAUUUUAAAAUGUUAUUACUGUAAAAUAAAACUAUGAAUUAUUG